AGGUCAUCGUGGUAAUUUGCUGAGAUACGCAGCUGCCGAAAAAAACAGGUUGGCUGCUGUCUGUGCUAUUUUUUAUACUCUCUCUGAUCUUACCAAAUCCAAAUAAGUUAUCACAUUUUCUGUUCUAGAAAUUCAAUUGUGCCACCGUGUCGUGCUUGGGGUUUUAGCAAAAGUAGGUCGACAAGCAGAAGAAGCCGCGUCCUCGCUUAUAGUAAUUUAUUUGGCCGAGCAUCAAAGCGCUCCCUCUCAUUCUUACCAGCUCAUCGGGAAGACGAAGAUGGGGAAAUUUUUCUCUGCCCUUCUCGGCACUGCCACCGUGCAAGCUGCCUUCGCCCUGGAGGCUUCCGCGAAAGCAUUUUCUGGGUCCUCGUCAAAGACCGUGCGCCCGACGGGGCUCGGGCAGAAGUUCCUAUCAAAUGCAAAAAUGUCUGGGUCUGGAAGAAUCCAACUUGUCAUGCUGAUUUUGGAUUCUAAAAAAAUCUGUAUUGCAUGAGCAGCAAAGAGAUUCCAAGUUUUGCGACACGGAAAGAGCAUCUGUCAUGCGGUAUAGGUAUCAGGAAGCCCUCACAAAAUCAGUGAUGCUAGGACAUGCAUCACAGACAUCAGGAGUCAUGCAAAAUGUGCAUGACAAACCUGGCAAUCUUCCAGACCCAGACAUUUUUACAUUUGAUAGUUCCUCAAGCGGUUCGACGACAAGGGCACUGGUGGGCUAUGGAUUGCAAAAAUGUCUGGGUCUGGAAGAAUGCAAGAUUUGUGAUGCAGGCUUUCCAUGACCCAUGAGGUCUGGAAUGCGAGACCCAGCAUGACAGAUUCUUUGAGGUCUCUAUCAUGCCUUUCCUGCAUGAGAGACUCCCUGUCAACUUGUUCAAAAGCGGACAGCUUUUGGUACUCACGCAACACAGAUUUUUGCAUCAUUCAGAUUUAGCAUGACAAGUUUUAAUCUUCCAGACCCAGACAUUUUUGCAUUUGAUAUGGGCACGACCGUGACAGUGGGAAACUCAAAAUGCCCAAUAAAAAGAAGGCGCACCAAAACUUGGGCACCGGUGAAACCAGCGUAGAACAACAUCAAAUUCAAGAUCAUGCUGUCACGACUUGGACGCGAAAAGGCGUUGUCCCGUUUCUGGCGGCGGCGGCUCUUAUCGGCAGUGGUCCGUACCUUGCCGCCGGCAUGGAUGUUGUGGAGAUGAUGCCUAGGAGCGCCGCCACUUCUCCGGUCGUAGAUACCACCAGUGCAGUAGCAGUUGCGAGCGGUGUCGCUGCGCACGAGGACCAGCGGCAGUGGCAAAACUGGCUGUAUCACCCCGACGUCAUGCAGAAGUACGACCGCUUCCGCGCUCUGUUGCAGGAGAAGCUGUACCGGACCGCACGAAGCGACCUCGGCCGAGAAAUGGGAUAUUUCAUCGUGCAGGUCAAGGAGUUGAUGCAGGACGCAACCGUGCAGCUGGACGCAGUGCGGGAGGUGGAGCGAUUUUGCGCUCACGAUUUAUUCGAACAACAAGCGACAAAACCAAACACGCGAAGCAGGAGCAGCACAACUGCUUCUUCUACUUCAUCUUCUUUCGAGGAGCAACAAUCUGGGCUGGCUCACGACGACCUGAAGAAACUUUUCGAACACCUGCAGCUGCAGAAACACCAGAUGAACUGUGGAAAUGCUAAGGAUGAUGCGGCCCCCGGAGAAACUGACACGCCGUGUCCUCCGCAAACUGAAUCGUUUUUGGAACAAGAGGAGCAGCAGUUAAUAUUUCGGAACAUCAAUUUGAAGCUUCUGCCGGAGUGGGCGACUCGGGCGGCGACGCUGGUUGGGGAUCAGCUGCAGGGAUCUUCUUUGUAUCAAGAUAUGCACGUGUGUGCGAACUACUUUGUCGGGCUGUACCACUCGGAGGGAAGCGUGCGGGAGGAACAGCUUGCCAUUGCGGAGGCAUAUCCAAGGGAGAAAAAGGCUACAGCGUGUUGAUGUCUCGGAAUGCAAAUGCGAAAAUGUUUUCAAGAUUCAUGUUGAAAUAUAAUAUCGGAAGACGCAUCGUCACAGGGAGGAGAGGUGGAGGACCCACCUACAUGUAGGUGACUGGGCGGAUAAGUACUAUUCGCAGCAUGAAGUGUAGCUCUUGUUGCACGUUUUUGGCUACUUUUUUUCACCCAUUUCUCGUUCCGCUGAAAGAAAAGCACGCAGGAGUGCAAUUGUAUUUUUUGUUCUGACGCGUAGUUAUGUUUCUCUUUCUUCCGACUAGAAGCAGAAGCUAGAGGACUACUACAACCGAGGCCACAUGCUAGGUCUAUUUUUCCACGGGACACGGAAAAGAUGCUGGAUUCCAUCACCUGGUUUUUUGUGCAGGAACUGAAUCCCGGCAGUCCGCGAUACAGCUACCUGGGAAAGAAACUGCACGCCCUGGAGGCCACGGAUGGUGUUGCCGAUGCGGAGCACGCUGGCAGGAAGAUGAUCCAAGACAUGGGAACUUCGUCGCAGGAAGGUGCAGGGCAGUCCAAGGAUGGUAGAGACGAUAUCCCGUCCGUCGCCCCGCAGCCCGCGUGGUUCGGCUCUUUUGCAGAUUUCGUUUCUGCGGUGGCGGUAUGCAAUGCAAAUAUUGAUGAUGAAUUGCAAAAGAAUAUGUAAUGCUGAACUCGUCUAGAUGGUUGAACCACUUCCAGUAUGGGCCGCUGCCCAGCAUGACAAGUUUUUUUCGCCCCUUUUCGUGGUGCUCAGUGAGCAUCUUGCAGGAAUUAUGCAGGACAAAUAAUAUCACAUGUUAGUCCUCGCGAGCUCUACCGAGCACAUGUUUGCAAUGCAUAUGUGGCCCCAGACCCGGCCCGGGCUCUGGCGUACGCCACGUGUGUGCGCUUCGUUGGAGGGUUCCGGAGCGAAAGCAGCGCGUGGUCCGACCGCGACUGGACUUACCAAACUGCAGCACAAGAAGGGUUUCAACUCGUCCCCCUCAAAUUUUUUGUCAUGCAAAAAAAAAAACGCCAAAUAAUUUUUCUAGCCUCGUUCUAUGUAUACACAUGAGAAGUUUCAUCUUCAGCAAGGUUCCAGGAAGUCACGAGACAGCCGCACUGCCGUCCAGCAUCGGAACCUACUGUGAUGCAGAACUUGCAGCUGUGUCAAGAUGUUGACCGCCUGUGAAACUGCUGUGGAUCAUGGAAGAUGUGCGUCUUCGUCUAUUUUUUGAUUUGAUACUUUAAUACUGAUUUUUAUGAAUGCUGGCCGAGGGUGGAACGAAGUUCCAGUUUUGCACUCGGAUAGGAACUGUGACGAUUCAGGUUGUGGAUUAUCUAAAACGCCGACCCAGUUGCAGAUUAAUUUCUUUGUGCCGGAGUCGUGCCAAGGCAAAGAUUCUGGCGACAACGGCUAUGACAUGUUUGAUGGCGAGGAUCGUUGCUCCCGACCGCACAGUCCAAACACGGGGUACUGCGGGCACUUGUCCAACUAUCCAGAGAAAUAAUAUAUAAUCAGUGUCAACGUCGCUACGCUCUGCUUCUUUGCAGAAGACAGAGGCAAGAUAGACAACCUCUGAUGUGAAUUUUUUAUGGAUAUGCUCGAGGACAUUAUCGGCAUAGUGCUCAGGAGACAACUGAAAAUUUUGUUGAUGUUUUAUUCCCUCCUGAUCUCUCCGCAUGGAUUGCAGAAAAUUUUUCCUGUCAUGCAGGAGACCUCCCUGUCGUGUGUGUUGCGAAAUACAAAUUUGCAAAACUGUGCAACGAACUGCGACACUUGUUUUUAUUUCGACCUGUAUACAUUCUGUGACUUUAACUGGGUGCGCAAGCAGUUCCAGUGGGAUGCAGACUUUUAACGAGGACCACUGCAUCAUCCAUCAGUGUGCCAACUAGUGACCUCGAUACCAGGAUGAAACAAGCAGCACUUCUCUUCUCCAAGCAGAUGCUGGCAAAAAACAUUCCCUUGUCAAGCCGCCACACGAUUCUACGACCGGAUCAUCGCUCUUAUGUUUUGAACAGUACUACGUCGACCGGCUUAUCGGAAUUUGUGUAAUAUUUUUGAAAAGAUGUUGACUCCGCAACCAUUAUCCCAUCUGCCUUGAGCUGAAUCCGCGUUGCGUAAUUUUUGGCGCUUCAUUUUUGCUCUCUCGAUUGAGGAACGCAUUAUUUUUGAAAAAGCAAUCACAGGUCGAGGCUCCUCUCGUCACAUAGGUGCAGGUUGUCGUGUCAUACCGUGAUAUAAAUCGUUCCAUUACAUAUAUUUAGUGAAGGAAAUGGAAUUUCAAUUUCAUAUUUGACAAUGACAACCACCAAUCAUGCGUCACUCAGAG